AUGUCUGUCCUUGUCCCAUCAUUGAUCAAUAAUCAUCAUCAUCAUCCUCAUUCAUCUUAUUAUUCGAAUAAUUCGCCGCGUCGUACGCAUGGAAACAUUUCACAAACAAAACAAAAUCGUUUAUCAAUGAACAAAAUUCAUGAAAACGAACAAACUAACGAUCAGGUCCCACAUGGUGUGGUCAAUUCAAUGAAACAACGCUUUCUCGAUAAAGUGAACGAAUCGCUUCUACUGAAUCACGCUUCGUCUAAUGGACGACAUACGUUGUCCAAACCAUCGUCAUCAAACGAAAAUCUUCUUCAAACUAAAUCGACAUAUUCAUCGUUGAGACACACAGCGCGUCUUUCAAGAAGUCAAGAUAAUCUCGCGAAUCAUCAUACAAUAAGUUCGAUUCCUGGACAGGUUUUAAAUAAUGAACAAUUUACAUUAUAUUUACAACCCAAACAAGAUGUGAUUAUUGUGGAAACAACAACAACGGAAGAAAGCUCGCAUGCUGACGAUGCGAACAUUGAAAAACUACAUUCGGGACAAAAAGGAUCGACACAUAAACAACCUUAUACAGACAUACAUGAAGAUGAAACACCGAAACCAGGUACGGUUACUACAGUGAAGAAUAUGUUCGAACGGCAAAUACGUUUAAGCCGUUAUGACGGCGAUAAAUUAUUCAACACAUCAACACCUGGUGGUUCACGUAUGGGUAGCCAACAUCGUGAACAUUCUACUCCAACACGCUCACGUAGUAUCUCUCCUAAUGAAACGACCUUACGGCAGCGACGAGCGACAAUUUCUGCACCCGUCGCUCUACUAACAUCCACAACUCUAUCAUUACCUGUCCCAGCAUCCUAUCCCGAUCUUGUCAUUUCACAUACACCACCGACAGAUACAAACAAGAAUUCACCUGAACAAGGACAUCAUGAAACUGUUCAUCAAGCUUUGACAAAAGACAAAAAAGUAUUGACUUCGACUCGUAAUCUACCCGCGCAAGAACAAAUUCCUUUGACUGUCGUGAUUUCUGACGAAAAUUCAACAAAUUUAACUGAACAACGUCGUCCCAAUCUCUUAUUACCAUCGACGCCAUCGUCAGAAAUUGUCGAUAGUCAACCAUUAGAUUUCAAAAGCCGCCUCGCAUUAUUCAAUCGUACGAAUACACAAAAAUCAAAUGAACAUUCCACUUCUGUUAAAAAGCCUCCAAUUCACUCUCAUCCAUCAUCGACAAAUACAGUGUCAAAACCUAUCGUUCAUCAACCAGUCCGCGUAGUCCACGAAGAAAGAAACGAUGUACAUCUGGAAGUGAAUUCUAAUCCAUUGCUGAUAUCCAUAUCACGUGCAGUAAUCAAUACAGCUAAAGCAGUUACUUUCUUUGGUGGAAAUCGAGUUAACGGACACACAAAAUCGUCAUUGCCGAGUUACAUUCUCCCACCACCACCACCACCAUCGUCAUCAUCAUUCACAUCACAGACCAAAAUGAAACAUGAUCAAUCAUCGACAUUGUCAUCAGCUGAUGUCUUGCGUGCACCUGAUAUCGUCGGUGGGAAUGUCAAAUUAAAUAAAUCAUCAAUUUUCUCAGGAACAAAAAAGGACGCUCGAGUGCAAUUUGUUGAUAAUGUAGAUACAUUUGAAUAUCCUUCAUACGAAUUUGUCAUAGCAGAACUCGGCAGCACUGUUUCCGAUGAUGAAAACGAUGCCCAUGAUGACGACGAUGAAUCCAAUGGUAGCAUUGGCGAUAGUAAUACUGUACAUAAUCAUAUAAGUAGCAAAAUGAAUGAUAAACAAGAACAAGCACAUACAAAGAUAGAUAGUUAUACAAAUGAUGAUGAACUCGAACGAUUGGCACGUAUUAAUGCUAAAUUUAAUACAAGUAAUUUUGAAGAGAAAUCAAUGAAACCCAAGGGUACUUUGCAUACAUUUCGUCCAACUCAUCUCGAUCAAUAUGAACUUGGUACUCAACAUGGAUCGUAUCCUACCUCGAAAUCGUCAGAUAUUUUGUCUCCUACACAUUCCUAUACAAUAUUAGCUCGACAAAAGCUCGUCUCUUCUUCAGAUAUUUCGACAAAAGCGCUAUCUAACCAUUCAAUUCUAAAAUAUCCUCAGAAACCCAUGUUCGACAUGGCAAACAAUAUCCAAUGGAGUUCUAUGUCCACCACAACUGAUCUACUAUUCUAA